AUGUUUAAAGACAUAUUUGUAGCUCAUUGUACAUCAAGAUUCACCGUCCCUCGUUCCUCUAGCAAAUGGAACAGUCGCCUCAAGUGUAAUCUCUACUACUACCGGACAAAUUACUUCAUCAUGAUUGUUUUCAUUCUUGGAUUAGGAUUUAUCAGGAGGCCAUUUGCUAUAGUUGCUGCCAUGUUGACUGCUCUUACUAUAGCUUUCUUAAAUGACAGCUUUGCAGGGACAUUUAGUGAAAAGGUGACUAGAACUGUGAGGCGGUUUUCUCCACACAUGGCAGCAAAAAUGAGACCUCCACUAACACCUGUUAUUCGUGGGCGCCCUUCUUCUAAGAGAACAAUUUAUAUAUGUGGAAAACCUCGUUGGGUGUGUGUUUCAUUAUUCUCUGCUGCGAGUUUCUUUGUUUGGUUUAUUUCUUGUGGGCUCUUGACUUUGCUAUGGGCAUGCGCCAUCGGCCUUCUUGCAACGGUGUUGCAUGCAAGCUUUCGGACACCCAAUUUGAAAGCUCGUCUGAAUACAUUCCGUGAGGAAUUCCGUGCAGUUUGGCGCAAUUAUAGCGAACUGUAGGUGUGUGUAGAUUCAUGUGCUUACUUACUACUACUACUACUACUACUCUUUAUUUCAGUUUUGAGGAUCCUCAUGUUUUAGUUGUUAUGGAGUUUUACACCAUGUGUUCUUUUAUGUUAAUAAUAUUUCGUAAUUGGAAGCCUUUUUACACGUUGUAUUUGCUGC